UUAAAAUUUAUUUUUAUUUUUUCUUCAAAAGGAAAAAAAAAAAAAAACAAAGAAAUCAAUUCAAUUGAGAGAGAGGGAGAGGAUGGAAGGAGAAGAUAUAGACAUGGCAGCUGCGGAAUCCACUGAAGCUGACCUCGAUGACAUGAAAAGAAGGCUAAAAGAGAUGGAGGAAGAAGCCGCUGCUCUUCGUGAGAUGCAAGCCAAGGUCGAGAAGGAGAUGGGUUCCGUACAAGAUCCUGCUGCUGCAGCUACAUCUCAGGCAAAUCGAGAGGAAGUAGAUUCCCGAUCAGUGUUUGUUGGCAAUGUGGAUUAUUCAUGUACACCUGAAGAAGUUCAGCAGCAUUUCCAGUCUUGUGGGACUGUAAAUAGGGUUACUAUUCGUACAGACAAGUAUGGCCAGCCAAAGGGUUAUGCUUAUGUGGAGUUCCUUGAAGCUGAGGCUGUUCAAGAGGCUCUUGUUUUGAAUGAAUCUGAACUUCAUGGCAGGCAGUUGAAGGUUACUGCUAAGCGGACCAACAUACCUGGUAUGAAACAAUAUCGUCCACGUCGGUCCAACCCUUUUAUGCGACCCCGGGGCCCAUUUAUGGCUCCAUAUUUCUUUGCUCCUUAUGGAUAUGGGAAGGUUCCAAGGUUGAGAAUGGCGACGCGUUACAGCCCCUAUUAUUAAAAUACAUGGACCAUACUAGUAGUUCCAAAUGCUUUUCCUAUCCGGUUCUCUGGAGUUAUAUUUUGGAAACCUUAUGAAGGAU